AUAUUUCUGUUUUCAGUUCUAUUUGCCUCGUUUGCUUCACUUUUGUUUGUGCAAACGGUGCAAACCUGCGCGUUUUACUCAUCCUCACUCUCUCCCACACCCUCUCACACUCCACCACUCAAAUCUUUAUCUCUCGCAAUCUCUGAGUCUCUAGAAACACAUGAAGACGAAAAAUCCUCCCAACUCUACUAAAACUCCACCUAUCCCACUCACACUUGAUCCAUUUAAUCAUCUCGCAUUUCACUCGUCCCCAACUGUAGCCAUACUGCACCGAAACGCAGCCAGCACCGCAGCACGCAGUCCGCCUGCAAUCGCAGAAUCGACCGAAAAUCCAACCCGCACGCAAGCUAGACAAGACGCACUGCACACACAAACCUAGCGUCGAACAGAGCGCAGCACAGAACUCCAAAGAGACGGAAAACGUGUGUGUGCACUGUGCGUGCGGCGUGAAUUGAGCUAGGGUAGGGAUUGUGCGAGGGUAGAAGCAGGCAGCAGCGGUGAAGGGCGGUGAAUUUCCAAGUCGAACGCAGUUGCCGUCGUCAUUGCCGGUUGUGAGUUGCGCCAGUAGCGGUGAAAUGUGAAGCGGCCAGAAAAAACACCGAACAUCUCCCUCAGCACACUCACACAUUUCAUACAAAACCAACACACCAGCAACUGCAACACCUCAAUGUCCACGGCAGUAUAAAAUUGAACUGAACACCCAACCGAACGACCUCACACGUUAUUGAAUUUACCGAUAGAUUUCUAUUUUUUGCAACACAAUCAAAAUGUCUUUACAAGAAUUAUCGUCCCCGACCACUCCGCCUAGUUUACAUUCACAUCCGGAGAGUGAUUCCACCGAUCCGCCGAUUGAUGCAUUCAUCGCGGAUAUUCUCCAGUGUGUUACUAAUGAAGAUUCGGAGAUUUGCGCGAGCUGUGACGAUGGCGUCACUGCCACUUCAAAGUGUCGCGAUUGCAGCGAAUUGUUGUGUGAGCCAUGCGUGCAUGCACAUUUGCGCGUGCGUUUGACAAAGGAUCACAAGAUCACACGCUUCACAAACAACAAUGGCGGCUCGCUGGGACUAGUUUCCAAUCAUCAUUCACUCAGUUCUUCAUCAAGAGCUACGAAUAGUCCCUGCAGCACUGGAUCUCUUUUCUGUGAAGUCCACCAUGAACAAAUCAAACUCUUCUGCGAGGAUUGCACAUACCCGACAUGCGCCGAAUGCGCCCUUGUGGAACAUCUCGGCCAUCACUUGAUUUUCAUCAACGAUGCCAUUGAAAACGCAAAGAAUAUCAACUUCAAACUUAUUUCGGAAACUCGCAGCGCUAUGAUUGCCAUCCGUGACGCCAUGAGUCAAAUUCAGCGCGUGAAUGAUUGCGUCGAACUGCGUUCGCAUCAAGCAGUCAAAGAUGUCCACAAAACAAUCCGUCGUUAUAUUCACAUGGUUGAGGAACGCGAACGGGAUCUUUUUAUCCGCAUCGAACGUCAGAGAGUAUUCAAAAGUAAGGCUUUGAUUGCCCAGAUGGAUGGACUGCGCAUUGCAAUGGGUAAACUAUCAAGGACCAAUGAUAUCCUCAGUGAAUGUCAGGAUACUGGUAAUGGACUAGAUAUUAUUUUUGCUAAUGAACGCGCGGAAGGUGAAUUAAAACAACUGAGAUCUCUGCGUGGGAACUUGCAUCCAUGUGAGGAUGAUAUGAUUGUCUUCAAUCCACCAGAUGAUCAAUUACUACAGGCUGUGGGUAACAUGGGGAACAUUGGCACAAUGAUGCCACCUAUCGGCAGGAAUAGAGAAAUUAGAAAUACAAGGGAAGUGAUUCAGUCAACUUACACACCGUCCAUCGACUUGAAACUAGAAAGAGUCCCUAGCACACCAUCUACCACCACGUCAGCCACAAUUGGUAGACCUAUAUUCGGAGCGAGCAAACCAGUAAUUGUUCGUGAUAACGGCGCGAAACCCUCACGUAUCUUUGGUAUUGAAGGCGAGGAGGAAGGAUUCCUCUGCCGGCCAUGGGGCGUAUGUUGUGAUAAGAACGGCAAUAUUUUGGUAGCCGAUAGAAGCAAUAACAGAGUACAAAUCUUCAACCCAGAUGGUACCUAUCGUAGUAAAUUUGGAACGCAGGGAACCGGGCCCGGACAAUUUGAUCGCCCUGCUGGUCUUGCUGUUGAUAACAACAAUCGUAUUAUCGUCGCUGAUAAAGAUAAUCAUCGUGUGCAGGUGUUUACCAUGGAGGGUCUGUUUGUUUUGAUGUUUGGCGAGAAGGGAUGCCGUCCGGGACAGUUCAACUAUCCCUGGGAUGUGGCCGCCAACUCAAUCGGACAGAUUGUUGUUUCUGAUACGCGUAAUCAUCGCGUGCAAUUGUUCAACAGCGAUGGGAAAUACCUGGCUAAGUAUGGUUUCGAAGGGAUGAAUUCUUUGUGGAAGAAUUUUGAUUCUCCGCGUGGUGUUUGCUUCAAUCACACUGGGAGUGUGAUUGCGACUGAUUUUAAUAAUCAUCGUCUGGUGAUUAUUGAGCCGGAUUUCAGCCAUGCGAAGUUUUUGGGCGGUGAGGGCACGGGAUUGAAGCAAUUUUUACGACCGCAGGGCAUUGUCUGCGACGAUGAGGGCCGGAUUGUCGUUGCGGAUUCAAGAAAUAAUCGCAUUCAGGUGUUUCAGAGCAAUGGCGCGUUCCUGUGGACUGUAGGACGCGCUGGGACCGGCGAGGGGGAGAUGGACAGACCCAGUGGGAUCUGUAUCAGUCCGGACGGUAGGAUUAUCGUCGUCGAUUUUGGCAAUAAUAGAGUGCAAAUAUUUUAACGAGUGACACGCGCACUGAAAGAUUCUAGUUCUUUUUUGAUAUUUUUUAAUGAAUCAUUCUCAGGGUAAACAAAUCUCAGGAAUCUCAGGAAUUACGUUUGCAAAGACGAGAAAUUGUAUUUUUGUGCCAAUCUCAAACUUUGGUCAGUAUGUAAGUUACCAUAGACUAAUCAUAUUAGAGAAGACGAUUGAAAAUCACUACUUUUUUAGUGAAAAGAGUUUUAGAUUAAUUCUAGGUUAGCAUAACCACGUGUGCAUAAUAUCAAUGAUUUGCAAUAUUUUGCUAUUUGACAACGCACAAGACUGAUGAAUUUGAGACUGAUGAAGAUGUUAUUUUACAAAGCAAAGAUUUUUCCAGUUUAGCAUAGAUUUAUAUAUUAGAGAAUAGAGUUUACGACGAGUUUUAGGCAAAUUAAGGUGAUGCAUUCAAUGCAUCGAGAUGCUAUCGAGAGGUACCUUGACAAAGCCUUCAAUUAAUUAAAAUGGCGACGAUUUAUACACCAAUUAUACCUUUUCAAGCCUAGAUAUUAACGAAGACUGUUUUUUUUUUAAUACGUUUGUUGUGUUCUGUGAUUUCAUUUCGUUUCGUUUUGAUCUAAUUUUUUUGUACAAAACACAAACACAAAGAUUUUGUGGCAACACAAACCAGUGAUUAUAUAUGAUCAAAUCCAUCUGUCUGGGUUUUCGAUCGUAGGAAAUUAGCGCAAGUUUAGUUACCAAACUGUUUCCAUUGCGAGAAUAGUUUGUAAAUACUGUAGACUUAGUAAUUAUUACAUUGACGUGUUGCAAAUACGAAGAUUGAUCAAUUCUUAUCUGUUAUGAUGUAAUUUACCAGUAAGCAAGUUUUAUGGUGCCCGAUUUGAUUGAAUGAUGUAAUUAUUCAAGAUUUGAUCCAAUGGUGCGAAAAUCAAUGAAAUAUUUUAGGAGACAAGUGAUGUGCACGAUUCGAAAUCUAUAUCGAUAUAGGAAAAGACAACUGUUCGAUAUAAAAUUGAUACAAAAUGAGAAAAAAAUCGUUAGUGAAUAUCAGAAUAGUUGAUAGUAGAUAACUUAUAAGACUGUACUUAAAUUUAAUGAUUUUUAAACCCUAUAUUAUAUAUUCAAACCUAUGGAUAAGCUACGUAUUGAUAAAUCAUUUUUUGUGACGUUCUUUUGAUAACGACAUUUUCGACGAUGAGGAAAGGAGAAUUUAAGACUGAAGUCUAAUGCCACUUAACGUUAGAUAUAGGCCAAGAGAGCGUAAAGCAUUUUGUUGUUUCCGUCGUGAAGCAUUUUUGAAAAACGACUGCGCUGCUAAAAUCGGGUUGACGUUUAUUGUUUGUUGUAUUAGUUUGUAACGAACGUUUACUUUUAGACAUUGUCCACACCACAUCAACGCUGCGAACUUGCCGUGGACUGAUGCUUGAUACAAGUUCGCGCUUUGUUUUUAGUUUGUAGUUGAGACCUACUUAGCAUUACUUAUGUUUAUUCGUAAAUUGCGCGUAAUUAACAAAUCUUUAAGAUAUAUCUGACUCGUGACAUGUAGUCUAAGUAUGCAAUCACGAUUGCCAUUUGAAAAGUGAACUAGUAAUUUGUAAUUACAGUGCAAUUUUAUUCAAUAAUAUGUUCCUACUACCAA